UGACGUAAACAACAUUCUAAAAUAAUAUGGCGGAUUCGGAAGAAAUAACCGGCGUAAUCGAAACUCCCAAAGAUAUGGCGGCCCCGAUCACAAAAUCAACACAAUUUCAGUUAGCCAAAGAGUGGUUUAGUAGACAAAGACAGUCUCUAAAACCAUGGGGAGAGUUUGUAAACACGGGGAAGUUCUCCAAACCGAAAAGCGCCGCCGAGUUGGGGAGAAGGGUUAUGAAGAAUCUGGAAGUGUAUCAGAGUAACUACACAUUAGUUGUUCUUCUACUGACGGUGUAUUGUGUUGUAACAACCCCGUUACUACUUGUUGCGAUAUCAGUGGCUGGUGGUGGGUGUUGGUACCUUACAUACAAAAUGGAGGGGAAGAAAAUCAAGAUGUUUGGUCGUGAGUUUUCUGUCAUAGAACAGUAUGGAAUUAUUGCUCUUUUGUGUCUUCCCCUGCUCUUCCUGGCAUCGGCAGGAUCCGCUGUUUUUUGGAUCAUAGGCGCAUCAGUGUUCAUCAUCUUGCUUCAUGCUUCCUUCCUGGAUACCUCAUCGCCAGACUCAAAUGUGUUUGAGCUUGAAAUGGAACCUGUCUAAAGCCAGGCGAACAUUAAUCCCUAUCCCAUCAUGCAGUAGGGCAUAAGUAAAAUGCCUGGUCACUCAACAGACUACACCUGAGGGCGACAUAGCUGUCAACUCACCUGCACUAGGCGGGUGUCACAAGAUUUUGGACCUCAUCACAAGCCUAAUUUUGGGAGAAUGUUCAUACCUUCAUAUAUGUUUUCUUGUUUUUUUUUUUUCCACAUAUUUACUGUAUUUCCCCGAUUUCACAAGAUUUCUGUCCAAGUUGGGUUGACAGCUAUAUAGGGCGAUCACCUAAGUAAAAGACCCAGUUUGCAUUACCAGAAGAAAAUAAUGAAUCAGUAUACAUUUCAUCAACCAGGGGUUAUAAAGCAAGGGAAAUAAUUUGUUUUCAGGAUGUAUUUGUGGACUUUUUGUACUUGAUAGAAUUCUUGGUCCAUUUACUAUGCUAUUCCAGCUAGGAGAAGGAAGGUUAUUUCUUUAUUUCUAAAUGUUUUGAAAGAAAGUCAUUGAAAAUAGUGUACAUCAUAUUUACACAACUUCCUCUUUUAGUUUUUUCUGUGUUUUUUAUAUGCUUCAUCUUAGGGGAACAGGAAAAUGCGAAUAUAAACUUAAAUAAGCUAUAGUUUAUUUUAAUAUAAUAUUAAAUUAUGUAUACUUGACAGUAAAUAUCCCCGCAAGCCUUGUUAAAGACAUGAACUUCUAACGUAUCUAACUCAAAGACAGUUGAAAGCAGGCGCGUACACAGGAGGUGCGCAGGGUGCGCACGCACCCCCCCCCCCCCCCCUGGCGGUAAAAAAGUAGGCUAUGUCUUAUUGAUGAAUCUUCAAGUAUUAUGCUUUUUCCAUAUAGUCCUAUUUACUGCGCUUCCCCCCCCCCCUCCCCACCCCCCCCCCCUCAAUCCUGGGAACGCGCCUGCAAUGUGUACAGCUAUUAACAAAACAUUCCCAUUUACAAAAUAAAACAAGGUUUAACAUUUAA